CUCUAGAUCUUGUUUUAAACCAUACCUUUCACAUUUCUGUAAAAGUAAAGAAUGACCUAUCGUAUCGAAGGCUUUACGUAAAUCAAUAAACACACCUAUUCCAAACUGUUUUUCAUCCACAGCCGUUGCAAUAUUUUCAAUAAAUUCCAUCACAGCUAGAGAUGUUGAGCGAUUUCUUUUGAACCCAUACUGAUGAUCAUUCAAUAAAUCAUAUUUAUCAAUAAAAGAAUCUAGUUUGUUUGCAAAUAGUUUUUCAAGAAUCUUUGAAAACUGAGGCAGUAAAGAUACCGGUCUAUAGUUUGACACAAUCUGUUUAUCACCAGUUUUAUAUAGUGGGAUCACUUUGGCAAUUUUCAUUUUAUCUGGAAAAAUUCCAGUUUGAAAUGAUUUGUUACAAAUAUAUGUUAACGGUUGAAGGACACUAUGAAGAACUUCUUUAAUUAACGACAUAUCAAAGUCGUCACAGUCCAUGGAUUUUUUACUUUUGAAUUUGCUCACCACUUCUACAAUGUCACUCUCACAGACUCCACCAAGAAACACUGAGUUACAUUUACAAGAAGUAGAAUCUACUUCAUCAUUUCCUCCUGGUACAGAAAUCUCUUUUGCCAAGUUGGGACCUACAUUAACAAAGUAAUCAUUAAAUUCAUUAACUAUGCUCUCAAUAUUCUCAAUCACUACAUUACCUCUUUUUACAAUACGUGUUGGAGAACAUAUAUUAUGUUGAUUUUUUAUUAUCCUAUUUAAUACACUCCAGGUAGCCUUAAUAUUAUUUUUAUGUUUUUGAAGCAGCUGUUCAUAAUAUCUUUUCUUUUCAUAUCGCAUAAUAGAUGUUAAUUUAUUUCGAUAUUUCUUAUAUUUGUGUUCAUUUUCCUUUGUUCUAUGUGUCAAAAAAAUCCUGUAUAACCUAUUUUUCUUUUUACAGGCUCUUUCCAGACCUUGUGAAAACCAUGGUUUUUUCUUUUUAGAAUUUUUGGAAAACUUUUUAAUUGGACAAUGGCUGUCAUAGAUUGACAAAAAUAUAUCCAAAAACGCUUUAUAUGCAUCAUUAGUGUCUUCCACAUAAACCUUUUGCCAGUCAUAAUUUUCUAAGUCCGUUUUAAAAGCCGCAAUUUGUUCUGGUGUUUUUAUUCUACCACUGUAAUCAAUUUGCUUUUCCUCUUGAAAAUGAAGUUGAUUGUUCAUUUCAAACACUGAAAAGACAGGCAAGUGAUCACUUACGUCUGUGACUAACAGUCCACUAUGCAUCUUGCCAUCUAUCUUAUUGACAAAAAUAUUGUCGAUCAAAGUAGCACUAUCCAUCAUUAUUCUGCUCGGCUUUAGAAUCAAUGGAUGGAACCCAAAACUAAACAUUGUAUCAUAAAUUCUGAAGUCUUUAUAUGGUUGUUUGCCUUCAAUAGAUCAAUGUUAAAAUCACCACAAAAAAAAGUCACCUUCUCCUUGUGUUUUUCUAAUAUUACAGAAAUUUCUUUGGUAAACUGAUCUAUACAGGAUGCAGGUGUACGAUAAAUGCAGCUAACUAAUAUGUUUUUAGAUCUUUCAACCUGAAUUUCAAUGGUUAAACAUUCCAUCAAGUUAUCAAUCACAGCAGUCAUAUUGUUAACAACUUUACAUUUAAGAUACGAAAUAACAAACAUGGCAACACCUCCUCCUCUUCUAUUCUUCCUAUUUUGCCAAAACAUUUCAUAGCCCUCUAGUCCAUCCUGCAGUUCUCUGUCAUCAUUCAACCAUGUUUCUGAAAUUGCUACCACUGCAAACUUAUUUUGGAAUUGAUCAAGAUACUCUUUGAUUUUAGAAAAAUUUCUGUAAAGACUCCAUCUGUUAAAGCGGAUUAAUGAAAAACCUUUUAUCUUGGGAUCCAACUCUUCCCCAUUAUAAUAUUCACAUGUCAUAUCAACAUUCUGAUAGAGGUGGAUAUCUGGAUCAAUACUAUUGUCCAGCUCAUAAAAUUUAUAAUCAUGAGAUCCAAAAUAUUCCAUUUUUUGCCUUUGUUUUUUUUUUUUGUUCACACAUUCACAUGCAUAGUUAUUUUUCUCACAGUUAUCAGAUAUUAUUCAUAUCACAGUCAGCAACACAAUUCUUUUCUACACUGAACUCUAUUUCUUUUGUUUAAAUCUUUCAAGAUCUGCAAUGUCUCUGACAACAAUUACUUUAGCUUGUUCUGGUGUCCCAUUAGGUCUUAUGAAUACCUUACAGUUCCUGGUCCAGGUAUCUUGGAUGUGCCUUUCCUUCUUCAAUAGUCUUGCCUGUCGUGCAAUUUCAGCAUUUCUCUUGGUGAGAUGCUCAUUCACAUAUACGCCGGUUCCCUUUAACUUCUUUCCCAUCUUUAACAGUUCAACUUUAUAUUUCCUGUUCACAAAUCGUAGUAUGAUAGUUGGCAUCUUGGUAUGUUUUUGUGGAAUAGUAUGACGGGCAGCUAUGUUUUUGCUAUCCAAAGGAAUGUCUUUGUCUUUGAAAAACUGAAUAACUUGCUGCUCAAGCAAAUCCUUUUCAGCUCUUGGUGCAUCUUCCCCCCUCCUUGUCACCUGCUGCUCCGUACAUAGGUGUAGUGAUUUGUCUUCAGUCCAGAAAUAAUCACAUUUUCCAUUCUUGUAUACUGCUCCAAAUCUUCAACUCUUUUUUCCAGCUCUUCAAUCUUCUUAUCUUUUUCCUUAAUCACAAUCUUCAGUUGUCUUACUUCUUCAAUUAAGUCCAGUAGUCCUGCUUGCUGUUUCACCACCUUACUCAAUUCCUCUGACAUGAAGUUAAGAGACUUCUUAACUUCUUCAAUAUCUUCUGUUAGCCUCUUAGUUGUCAUGUUUCUUGAUCACCAAUUUAAAUUGUUAGAAGACAAAAGGAAUUCCAGGCUCCAGGUAAUCCAAUAGGCCAGGUGUUACUUGUAGAGCACAUGUGAUGAAAAAAAGGAUCCUAAACUUCAGAAUUUAUGGAAAUACUCACACAAAAUGAAGCAGAACUUCUUUGGUUACAACUUGUAUCUUCACAAUCUUUUGAAUGUUAAGUUAUUUUUGUGAUGUUUGUUGGAUUGCUAAGAGUAACAAACACAGUUUUCCCAAUCAGCAGCCAUCUUGGUUGUUGAAUCUUGAACUAAGACCUCGACCUGCGAGUCUUGAACACGUAUCUACGUACGUACAGGUUCAAGAUGCUAACACUCAGACAGCUCUUGAAUGCAGUCGGCCCGGGAGAUUGGUUUGCGACAAUCGAUCUAACAGAUGCUUAUUUUCAUGUGGCUAUACACCCAAAACACAGGCAGUUUCUGAGGUUUGCAUUCGAGGGCGUAGCCUACGAAUACCUAGUGCUGCCGUUCGGGCUGUCGCUCGCUCCUCGCACCUUUACGAAAUGUGCCGAAGCAGCCCUAGCGCCCCUCAGAGAGAGAGGCAUCCGCAUCUUAGCCUACCUAGACGACUGGGCUCUCGUAGCUUGCUCCAGAGAGCAGGCGGAGACACAGCUCUCACUGGUUCUGUCACACAUUCAGAACCUGGGGUUCUCUGUGAACUUUCAAAAGAGCUCGCUAAUCCCGAGUCAGCUGAUUUCUUUCCUCGGUUUGGAAAUAUGCUCGCUUUCCAGCCGCGCACGUUUGUCGGAGCACAGAGUGGCCGCGUUUCAUCGCUGCCUCGCUCAGUUUCAGCUGGGACGCAGACUGGGUUUACGCUUGUUGGGCAUGAUGGCAUCUAUGAUCGCCGUAGUGCCACUUGGACUGUUAAAAAUGAGAGCGUUUCAACGCUGGACUCUCUCUCACCGCCUGUGUGCAUCGCGUCACCUCCGGAGGAGGCUGCCGUUAACCGCGUCUUGCAUGCUAGCUCUCCGUCCUUGGAGGGAGCCCAGGCUGCUGCGCUCUCUUCCCCUGUUGAAGCUGUCUCGCUCUCUGCUGUUAUGGUGCAGUGUUCAUUUUCUGUCUCUGAGAGCCACCCAUGUCCCGGGCCACCUGAACCUGGGGCCAGACCUUCUCUCCAGGGGGGGUCCUCUGGUGAGAGAAUGGAGGUUACACCCUUUAAUAGUGGCUCAGAUUUGGGAUCUAUUUGGCAAGGCGCAAAUAGAUCUUUUUGCUUCCAGGGUAAAUACUCACUGCCCCCUGUUCUUCUCCAUAAUCGACCACGAUGCACCCUUGGGCUUGGACGCGCUAGCACACCAAUGGCCAGACGUGCUCCUGUAUGCAUUUCCCCCAGUGGAAAUGAUAUCUCCAGUUCCAGAGAGAGUGCGUCGGCAUUCCCUCUCUCUGAUUCUAGUGGCCCCUUGGUGGCCCACAAGAUCAUGGUAUGCAGAAAUAAUCAGCCUGCUAGCAGUGAGUCCUUGGCAGCUUCCUCUCCGCAGGGAUCUCCUCUCUCAGGCGGGAGGAGAAGUGUUUCAUCCGCGCCCAGAUCUGUGGCGCCUUCAUACUUACCUGCUGAGAGGCUAAACUUGAUUGCGAAGGGUUUGAAACCUAGUGUGAUAGCGACAAUUCAGAGCGCUAGGGCCUCAUCUACUAGAGGCUUGUACACUUACAAAUGGCGAGCCUUCGAGCAAUGGUGCCAGGACCGCCACACUCUCCCAUUUCAGUGCUCUAUUGUGGAUGUUUUGACAUUCCUGCAGGAGCUGCUGGAUAAGGGCUUUUCAUUUUCGACAAUUAAGGUUUAUUUAGCAGCUAUAUCUGCUUGUCAUAUUGGCUUUGACGGGGUGACACCAGGUGCACAUCCCCUCGCCAUACGUUUUCUGAAAGGGGUUAACCGGCUGAGACCCGUGCUUAAGUCCAGUGUCCCUGCUUGGGACUUGUCUUUGGUGCUGGAGGCCCUUUGUAGCCCCCCGUUUGAACCCAUCGAGUCUGUGGAUAUGAAAUUUCUUUCAUAUAAGACUGCAUUACUUCUCACUUUGGCUUCGGCAAAGCGAGUGGGUGACCUUCAUGCGCUGUCCGUGCAUCCCGCCUGCACACAGUUUUCUCCUGAUGGUCACAAGGUCGUAUUGCGUCCAAAUGCUGCCUAUUUUCCCAAGAUCAUGCCUGCAUCUUAUAGCUCAAUGGAGUUUGAGUUGCUGAGCUUUUGCUCCUCUCCUUUUGCAUCUGAGGAGCAGAGGAGGAUGCAUUCUCUUUGUCCAGUGCAUGUGCUAUGCACCUACAUUGAGCGCACUCAGAAUGUGCGUUUAUGUGACCAGCUGUUUGUCUGCUUCGCCAAUCCAAAUAGAGGUAGAUCUCUGUCCAAACACAGGCUGUCCCACUGGAUUAUAGAAGCUAUCUCACUGGCAUACGGCACCAGAGGUCUUGCUUUGCCCCACGGGGUGAGAGCUCAUUCCACCAGGGGGAUGGCAACCUCAUGGGCUCUUUUUAAAGGGGUGCCUGUAGCUGAUAUUUGUGCGGCAGCUAGUUGGGCAUCACCGCACACUUUUGUGCAGUUUUAUCGGUUGGACGUUACAGCCCCUUCGGUGGCUCAUACUGUCCUUUCUGCUGGGUCUACCACUCACUAAGGAAGUGGUGGCCCGAUUCCGGUUCGGUGGCUGCUCUGCGGGGCGUGUAUAUAUGUCCCAUACUUAUGUGUUGUACCGAGUGAAUCGACUGAAAGGGAACGAAUAGUUAUGUCUAUAACUUCUGUUCCCUGAAGGAGAGGAACGAGGUACAACACAAGGUGGCCCCACUGAGCAGUUUGGCUCGGUAAAGAGCGGCUAUCGAACUGAGGGAUGACUGUGAUGACAGCGGCUAUAUGUGC